GAGCCCGCCAAAGCCCUCCCGGCGCGCGGGCGGCGGCUCGCGUGACGUCACGGCCGCCCUGGCGUCACUUCCGGCCGGGCCGGGCGCCGCGCGACGGUGGCCGACGGGUGCGGCGCCGGAGCGCGCGCCAUGCAGCUCCCGCCCGCGCUCUUCUCCCGCUUGGCCGCGGGGCCCGGGGCGGCCGAGCCGCUGCCUGUGGAGCGGGACCCCGCGGCCGGGGCCGCGCCCUUCUGCUUCGCGGCUCGCCGGCUGCGCUUCCCGCGGGAGCACGAGUUCUUCGAGGAUGGGGACGUGCAGCGGCACCUGUACCUCCAGGACGUGCUCACGCAGGUGACCAAGGUGCCAGAAAGUCCGAGGGUGGCUGAGUUUCCCUGCCAGGUGGCAGGCUGCCGCCAGCUGUUCGACACGCUGCAGGCUUAUGAGCACCACUACCACGCACUGCACGAGAAUGUCUGCGCCUCCUGCAAGCGGGCCUUCCCCUCCAGCCACCUGCUGGACACCCACAUCCUGGAGUGGCACGACGCACUGUUCCAGGUCCUGUCUGAGCGGCAGGCCAUGUACCAGUGCUUGGUGGAAGGCUGUACCGAGAAGUUCAGGAGCAGCAGAGACAGGAAGAAUCACCUGGUGACCAGUCACCUCUACCCCGCAGACUUCCGGUUCGACAGGCCCCGGAAGGGCCAAGGGUGUGCGAGCCCUACUGCCCCAUGUCUGCCGACAGGAGCCCAGGGUGGUGACGGGGCACAGUCAGAAGGAGACGCCAUGGAAGUCUGCUCUGCACACACAGCGCCCCCCGCAGAGCCUGCCCGCAGAAUUCCUUCCGUGAUCUGUUUUGGCCAAGGAGCAUCACGAGGGUUUAAAAGCACCAAGAAAAGGGGUAAACGUGUAUGAUGGCCAACACAGAAAGCCAGAGCCAGCCUGGAGUCAGCAGCUAACCCCAUUCAGUGUCGGCUGGAUGCCCCAGACCCCGCUUCACUCCCUCGCGUCCCCAUCUCCGGGGCAGUGACUGAGGUGGCAGUGCCCUGUGGUCUGAGCGCCCGCCAGGAAGGUCGCGAAUGAGCACAUAAAGGUGUGUCCAUGUGCUGUGCUGCUGGACUCAAGCUGUGUCUAUUCUCAGCCAUGCCAGGGCAGGGCUGUUCUGAGAGGAUGCAAGAGGAGGCCUAUCUCUUGAGAACCCGGAUCUAUCAGCUUGGCUGGGGGGGUGCUGGCUGAGUUGUGCCUGGGUUUGAAGGGGCAGGUGCCACUCUGCUGCCCUUUGGCUCAGAUUGUAGGAUCCCUGCCCCAGGCAUUCUGACCCACCCCAUGCUGGGAGAGGUCUGUGGGCACAGACGCGGGUCCACACAAUGACUGGACGGGACAAGUUCCUUUGCCUUCAGCACAAAGUGGCCUUAAAGCAAGAAGGGCAGAAAAGGCCAGAAAGGUUGGUCCCCGGAGGAGAAGCUCCAGGGAUGAAAUGCUACCCGGAGUUCCAACUCCACAUCUGCACAGAAGCCCCAGGUGGGGACAGCCUGAGAGACAAUCUAGGAACCCACUCUGCGUCA